AUGACCGAUCCUGAACAUGUUCGUCCACUAGCUCCGGCGACGGUACUUCCGGUGAGCGAUGAAUCCGACUCCAACCACAACAGCAAAACUCUCCGUCGCCGUAGAAACCGAAUCAGAUGCUUAAUCUGCGUCACUGUAACAUCACUGAUUCUAGUCACGAUCGUGUUGGCUUUAACCUUCACGGUGUUCAAAGUCAAAGAUCCGAUCAUUAAAAUGAACGGUGUAAGGAUCAACGGUCUAUCUUCAACCAUUGGGACUCAGACACAACUGUUGGGAGCAAACAUCUCGAUGAUCGUCGACGCGUCUGUCAAGAAUCCAAAUGCGGCGUCAUUUAGGUAUUCCAACACAACGACCGGUAUAUAUUACAAAGGAACGGUGGUUGGUGAAGCUCGUGGACCACCGGGGAGAGCUAGACCGCACCGGACCGCGAGGAUGAACAUGACGGUUGAUAUCAUGAUGGAUCGGAUGUUGUUGAAUCCGGAUUUGGCUCGAGAAGUAAGUGGGUCGGGUCUUGUGAACGUUGGGAGUUACACUAGGGUUAGUGGUAAGGUUACGAUAAUGGGGAUUGUGAAGAAACAUGUUACCGUUAAGAUGAAUUGCACGAUGGUUGUGAACGUUACGGGACAAGCGAUUCAAGAUGUUGAUUGCAAGAAUAAUAUCGAUCUUUGA